CAAUGUUUCCUGAUAAAUUGCACCAUAAAGCUGUUAAGAGAGUGAACUGAAGAAUGCAACUGAUAUACAACUACUCAGAUUUCGUUUCUUCCUGAGUCAUUUUUGAUGAAAAAAGAUUGAAAGUAACCACCAAGCCUGACUGUGGCCUCAUGAAUGGUGGGUAGAUGCACCCGGGUCUGACUGUCUGGACUCAGAAGUGGGCACUUUUUGGAGAAACACUGGCCACCUAUGUCUGUAAGAAGAGCGCACAGCAUUUUCCGCACAAAGCGUGCACGGGAGCAGCACCCGAGUGUGGUUCCGAAGCCUUUUGCUUUGAAAGUCGUCUUUCUCUUUGGCCUCUAGAAGUCCAGUGAGAGAUCUGAACCCUCCUGCUAUCUAUGUUUGCAUGAGGUAAUGUUGGGGGAAUUGAAUGACAUUGAAAAAUCCAGAAAUGAGGAGAAACAGAUUGAAACCACAAGCAGCAGGAGCAUGAAGGGGGAGUCAAGAGCUUUAGGAGCGGCCUUGAACUACCUCAUGAGUCCAAGAUUUUUGAUUUAUGCAAGCUGUGCUUUAUCGAUGUGGGGAGACCGAAUGUGGCACUUUGCUAUGUCUGUGUUUCUGAUAGAAUUAUAUGGACAUAAUCUUCUUCUAACAGCGGUGUUCGGCUUAGUAGUGGCUGGAUCUGUAUUAAUAUUUGGGGUCUUAAUUGGAGAUUGGAUCGACAGGAAACCAAGAAACCAAGUGGCUCACGCGGCGCUGUUCAUCCAGAAUGGCUCUGUCACCGCCUGCUGCGUGGUCCUGAUGCUCGUGUUCUCCUAUAGAAGGGACAUGGACCGAAUGUGGCAUGGCUGGUUCACGGUGGCCUGCUACACAGCGGUCAUCACCCUGGCGGCCGUGGCGAACCUGGCGGGCACAGCGCUGACCAUCACCAUUCAGAGGGACUGGAUUGUGAGCAUCACAGGGGACAACAGAGGCCAGCUGGCUGGGAUGAAUGCAACAGUCCGGCGGCUGGACCAGGUCAUCAAUAUAUUUGCUCCCCUGUCCGUGGGCCAGGUGAUGACAUGGGCAUCUCAUGUGAUCGGUUGUGGUUUCAUUCUUGGAUGGAACUUGGUUUCACUUCUUGUAGAGUUUCUAUUUCUGUCCAGGGUUUAUCAACUAGUUCCCCAAUUGGCUGUAAAAGCCCAGCAGCAAACAGGGGGGCACUUCCUAGAAAGGCAACAGGAGGCUGUGAACAUCCAAGAUGAAAUGGACCCUUGGGAAAACCCUGAUACAUUCAUCAGCAAAACCAGAACUUUGGAAAAACCAAAGGACCAAGAGUUUAACCUUGAAAGAAAACAGACCACAGCCAAAAGGAUUCUUCUUUGCCCUCAAAGCAUGGGGUGGCUGCUCCGCACGUGCCGCGAGGGCUGGGAGAUGUACUGCAGGCAGACCGUGUUCCUGGCCGGGCUGGGCUUGGCCUUCCUCUACAUGACAGUCCUGGGGUUCGACUGCAUCACCACCGGCUACGCCUACACCCAAGGGAUCGGAGGGUCCCUGCUUAGCAUCCUCACGGCCCUUUCAGCUCUGUCGGGCCUGGUGGGAACUAUUCUCUUCACCUGGCUCAGGGGGCGUUAUGGCUUGGUCACCACUGGAGUCGUAUCCAGUUGGCUCCAUGUAGGUUGUCUGAUGCUCUGUGUGUUUUCUGUCUUUGCUCCUGGAAGUCCUUUUGAUAUGGCUGUCUUCUCACGUCCAUCAAACAAGAAUUCUUCAAACCAUAAGUUGCUAAAAAAGGACCAGGAACACAUUUACCCCUUUGAAAGAAACCUGAACCAGCCCAUCCUCCUGGACCGUUCUUCUAUCCACUGGACCAACAGCACCGUUCUGUUUGACAGCCAGUAGGACCCUGAGCAGCCUGAGUCUUACAUCUCCAUCAUCUUGCUCUUCUCGGGUGUGAUUCUCGCAAGAAUCGGCCUCUGGUCCUUUGACCUCACUGUGACCCAGCUUCUCCAAGAGAACAUUCCAGAAGCGGAGCGAGGGGCCGUCAAUGGUGUGCAGUGCUCCCUGAACUACCUCAUGGACCUCAUCCACUUCGUCCUCGUCAUGCUGGCCCCGCGGCCGCAGCAGUUUGGCCUACUGGUCUUCAUUUCCAUACUGUUUGUAACCAUGGGGCACAUGCUGUAUUUUUUUUAUGCAAGAAAAUGUAAGAUUAAAAACACCCAUGUGAUGAGACGAUGAAAAA